UGUAUUGGCUGUACAUCCGGUUAGCCUGUCAAAUAGUGAGCGAGCGCAGUCCAACCGAGUCCAAGAUUGGUAAUGUGGUAUAUUGAAAGACAGGUGGACAGACAGUAGCGGCACACUAUUUUUCACGCUAGAAGGGUAGUUGGUUUGUAACUCUAAUCGAAUAAGAAUUUCGUGCGUCCCCUUCAACCUACUUAAAUUGGCGUUUUGUAAUUUACAUUGUCAUUGCAUUCAUUUCUGAUAGAAAAUGGCGGAUGUAGAAACGGGUGGUGCUGCGCCGGAGAAGAGCCUGGAUGAUUUCUUUGCCAAGAGGGAUAAAAAGAAGAAGAAAGAAAAGGGCACCAAGGGAAAGGAAACUGCAGCUGGACCAACACCAAUUGUAUUGAAAAAAAACAAGAAGGAAAAGGAGAAGUCUGGUAUGAAAAACGAAAAUCAAGAUGCGCAGCCGGAGAAGGAAGAUGAAGAGUGGAAGGAGUUUGAGGCUAAGGAGGUGGACUACAGUGGACUCCGCCUGCAAGCUCUGCAGAUGAGUGACGAAAAGGAGGAAGAGGAGUAUGAAGAGGAGGUCGGCGAGGAUGGAGAGAUCAUCUUAGUCAGCGGAGACAAAAUGUCAGGGCCCUGGAACAAGUCCGGUGCCCCGCCCCCUGCUGCUGCCCCUGUUGAGGUGGAAGAGAUUCCUGAGUCCAAGCCUUCUGGUGUGUACCGUCCCCCCGGGGCACGUCUGACCACCACCAAGCGGGGCCCAAACCAGGGACCCCCUGAGAUCUUCAGCGACACACAGUUCCCCUCACUGGGGGCUGGCUCCAAGCACGUUGAGACGCGCAGGGACAGGGAGAUGGAGAAGACCUUUGAGGUGGUGAAGCACAAGAACCGUGGCCGAGAGGAGGGCGGCAGCGGGGGUUCCCUGCAGCAGCUGGAGCUUGGAAACCAGUACGCCAUCCUGGGGGACAAGUAGAGCCUUUGUACCCGCCCAUCCAGCGUGGUCUUACCCAGCCGCCAGAGGGGGGUGAACUAAAGCUGUGUGUACCCAAACUACAGCGCAGUUCUGACAACGAACGCUGGCGCUGCUGCCACCACACUGGAACACUUCUCCCUUUCACACACCGCAAUACAUACAUUAUACACACACACACACCCCCACACACACAUACAACUCACACGCUCAACCAUGUACACAGAGAAAGAUACACACUUUACAUCUACACUUCCACCACAUCAACAGAUAUACGUAUGUACAGUGCAUACACCCGGUUGGCUAAACUGAAGGACUACAUCCAAAAGGGCUUUGGCAACAGGGAUGAACUGAAACAAAAACGGGGAAAAAAAUCUAUGAAAUCUAUAUGAUAGACCCAUAUGAACGACACUGCAGCAACAACCCCAGCAAACAGCAACGUACGGUUGGUUGCCUUUUGGGGAUUGUUUUCAGAGCAGCAGUUAUGGCACAACUUCUCUUUUGACUUCAACUUACUUUGAUGAUGAAACUGCUGAGGAUUGAAGAAGAUGAGGAAAAAAAUCAUUUGUGAGAUGAAUUUACGAACUGUUGUUGAGAAUAGAUAUAUUUUUGGCAAGAUCGUUGUGACAUGAACUGCACACGGUUGGUUAGGGUGUGUUUGAGUUAAGGUUUGGGCACGUGAGGGGAGGCUACCUCAGUUACAUAGCUGUGGUGGUCAUUUUUGAGUAGGUCAUGGCUCUUGGUGUUGAUUAGGGCAAACACCAGCCCGGCAGAAGAGCCAACCAUCGCCAGGCUCUUUCAUUUACGACACUUGAAGAUUUUGUUUUUUCCUCAAGAAAGGGACUCCUGCAAAUAUCUGUGGACACAGGAGAGAAGUUACGGUCCUCAUUUAGAAUGACUAUUUAAACGUGGCCUUACUGUAAAGAGAGAGAAACUGCUUGGUCCUGCGGAGAGAAACUUGCUUGUCGUCUCAUGGGCUGUUGCCUGCCUCCUGGAUCUCACCAGAUAAAGAGCAACCAACCUCCUUCCCUGGUCAAGAAUGUAGUGCUUUGAGUUGUAGAUUGUCUGAAGAUUACACCGACGAACUGUCCUUCAUCUCCACUGUUUCACAUGCUCCCCUUUUUUAUUUGAAUAUUAACUUUGGCAAACUGUUAUUAAAGCUCCUCCUUUCUAAUCUGAAGUCAUUCCUUUAGAUAGAUGUUUUGAGUUUUUACCUUUUUAGUCCUGGGUUUAGUCCUUUGUGUUUCUAUCAUUUUAAUGUGCUACACUAUCGUGUAGUGAACAGAAAGUAGCUUGGUGUAUUGCUACAUGUGCGAAAGGGUCUUGUAGUUACUGUAGUAUCUACAGCAUAAAAGACCCUUCAAUGGUAAUACAUAACAGUAAGUAGGACCUGUCAUACUGAUGUCCAUUUUGAUUAAACAUUUGUUCACUUCUAUAUUCAUUGCAUUGCUUUAUUCCAGUGCUUCUAAACUCCAGUCCUUGAGUACCCCCAACAGCAUGCAUUUUGUUAAUUUUGUAGCCCUGGACAAACAUGCUAUUUCAGUUAACGAGUUGAAUUCAUUCAGUUCUGUUGGGAAUACUCAAAGUUUAGUACCAGUUGGGAAGCACUGGUUUAAGUUCAAGACAUUUACCCUGGAGCUUGGACCUCCCCUCAUUCUCAAUCCUGUUAAAAUAUAUUACAUUUGGUAUAUUGUUCCAGCAUUUCAAAUGUUUUUAGAGCAGGUUAAUGAUUUCUAAAGCUAUUCCUGGAGAGUUUCAGUCAGUACCUGCUGUCUAGCUUUGUGGGAUCCAAGUCCCAUGAUUCCUGUCAACUCUCACAAACCAAAUAGGUUUUCAUAAAGGUUUGGUACGUCUUCGAAUCUAGGUUAGAAUCACUAUAUUUCCAUUUGCUUAGUCUGAACACAGGGUUAGAAUUAAGAGUUGGACUUGUUAAUGUUUCUGUCAACGCUGUUCAAAAUGUUAUGGACUUUUAAUUUGCGAAUGGAUGGCAAGAUUGGAGGAUACUGUAGCACCUGAAGAGUCCUAUGGAGCCCUUCCAAAAUGUAGGUGGAAGUAGUGAAAAUGUCUGCUGAGAAUAGGUCAUAAAAGGCCAGUAUAACAAAAUAAAUAGUGAUUCUUGUGA